CCGAUCUGUCAGAGGAAACCUUCCUCCCUCCCGGCUCCUCUUCCUCAGGCGGACCCGAAGUACGCUGUAGACCUCCCGCUGUACAUCACCUGGAGAGCUCCCGCUGUACAUCACCUAUAGAUAGACCUAUCACCGGACCCUCCCGGACACCACCCGGAUAGCGUCAUCGUCACUCGGUCCGUGUUCCCGGAGCUCAUCGUACCAAGUCCGUGUUCUUGGAGCUCGUCGGCCCGGUCCACCGCUUUCGCAGCUACCGCAGUGUGGGUCAGGUCGCCCCGCGGGGAGCCACGGAGCACCGCAGUGUCGUUGAGGGAGAACAGCAGGGGUGAGAGAGCACCGCCGGGGAGAGACCGCAACACACUGCGUGUUUCUGGGAUGGACUGCGCCCUCGUCGUGGAGGCCAACGUCCAGGGAGUCUGACCGCGUCCCCCGUCCGUCCGUCCGUCCGUCCUCACCCCCCUACCCAUCCGUCCUCAACACCCUACCCGACUGUCCCCACACCCCGCCCGGACCGAACGGAGGGAGAUGACCCAUCGCCCCUCCGGCCCGCACCAUGAACCUCCCGUCCCUAGGGGGCGCAAUAGGAGAGUCCCUGGGCUCUAACCUGACGUCACGUAGCAUGAGCGGCGGCGCCGGCGGCUGGAGCGGCCUCACGCUGAAGCCCGCCCCCUCCGGGCGCCUGGGCUCGCUGUUCCACACCAUGGUGCCCACCGGCUACACCAAGCUGCAGGACCAGGAACGCCUGGCCAUGGUGGACAUGGGGUCCAAGCCCGACGACGGCGGUGGUGGCCCGCACACGCACGGCGGCUACCGGGGAGCAGAGGGGUCCGAGGGGGGCGGCGGAGGCGGCGGCGGCGGCGGCGGCGGCGGCGGCGGCGGCGGCGGCGGCGGCGGCGGCGGCGGCGGCGGCGGCGGAGGAGGAGGCGGAGGAGGAGGAGGAGGAGGAGGAGGGCGGCGCCACCUGGACCGCGCGUCGCGCUCCUCGCUGAGCCAGUCAGACUGCGGGGACGGGCGCUACGGGGAGGCGGAGCCUAUGCUGCCCGAGGGGCGGCUGUCGGGGGACGAGGGGGAGGAGGAGGAGCAGGGGGGGGAGGAGGGGGAGGACGACGACGACGACGAGGAGCGGCAGGUGACCUCCUCGAUGGCGUCGCGGGCCGCCAACAUGCCCAAGGAGUCGCCGCUGGCCAUGGCGCUGCAGAUCCUGGUGCCCUUCCUCCUGGCCGGGUUCGGGACGGUGUCGGCCGGGAUGGUGCUGGACAUCGUGCAGCACUGGGAGGCGUUCAGUUACAUCACGGAGAUCUUCAUCCUGGUUCCGGCUCUGCUGGGUCUGAAGGGAAACCUCGAGAUGACGCUGGCCUCCAGACUGUCUACUGCGGUGAACGUGGGCAAGAUGGACUCACCCAUCGAGAAGUGGAACCUGAUCAUAGGGAACCUGGCGCUGAAGCAGGCCCAGGCCACGGUGGUGGGCUUCCUGGCGGCGGUGGCGGCGGUGGUCCUGGGGUGGAUCCCAGAGGGCCACUUCCAGAUGAACCACGCAGUGCUGCUCUGCUCCAGCAGCGUGGCCACCGCCUUCAUAGCCUCCAUGCUGCAGGGUAUCAUCAUGGUGGGGGUGAUCGUGGGCUCUAAGAAGACGGGCAUCAACCCGGACAACGUGGCCACGCCCAUCGCCGCCAGCUUCGGUGACCUCAUCACCCUGGCCAUCCUGGCCGGGAUCAGCCAGGGCCUGUACAACUGCCUGGACACCUACCCCUACGUGUCCUUCCUGGUGUGUGCCUUCUUCCUCUCACUCACCCCUCUCUGGAUGGUGAUCUCCUCCAAGCACCCGGCCAGCCGCCAGCUGCUCUACUCUGGGUGGGAGCCCGUCAUCACCGCCAUGGUCAUCAGCAGCAUCGGGGGGCUCAUCCUGGACAAGACGGUGUCAGACCCCAACCUGGCCGGGAUCGUAGUGUACACCCCGGUGAUCAAUGGUAUCGGGGGUAACCUGGUGGCCAUCCAGUCCAGCAGGAUCUCCACUCACCUGCACAUCCACUGCGUCCCCGGGGAGGUGCCCCCGGAGGCCAGAGGCUGCUACUACCCCUGCCGCACCUUCUACGGCACAGGAGCCAAUCACCGCUCGGCCCAGGUGCUCGUGCUAUUGGUCAUCCCAGGUCACCUGAUCUUCCUGUACACCAUACACCUGAUGAAGAGCGGCCACACCACCCUCACCCCCAUCUUCAUGACCGUCUACCUGGCCGCCGCCCUGCUACAGGUGCUGCUCCUGCUGUGUAUAGCGGACUGGAUGGUCCACUCCAUGUGGCGGAGCGGCAAGGACCCCGACAGCUUCUCCAUCCCCUACCUGACGGCGCUGGGCGACCUGCUGGGCACCGCGCUGCUCGCCCUCAGCUUCCACUUCCUGUGGAUCAUCGGCGACCGCGACAGCGACGUGGGCGACUGAGGCCUCCGCCCCCCCCCCCCCCCUCCGCCAAGUUGACCCACGCCGACCUCUGACCUCCGACCGCCCAACGAGGCGAAGGAGACCCCAUACCUGGGUGGGAAGAGACUGCUCCCAAGCCCCGCCCACCCCCCUCCCAAGCCCCGCCCACCCUCCUCGAAUGCACCUCCCAUCCCGCACCUUUACACAUUUGGACCCCCCCGAACCGCCCGUCCGUGGGCAUCUGUGUUACCGUGGAGACGGUGAAGACGCGUCUCAUGGUUCUUCUGUCUUCUUCCAUCGCUGUGAUCCUCCGCCCUCAUUGGGCCGAGACACAAGGGCGACGCCCCGUGAACCCGUUACCAAGGAUACAAUAAACGACACAAAACCGCACCGACGCAGUAGCCCCCGCUGUAGCCCCACCUCCCCCCCCUUCAGCACUCACGCUAGCUAGCCACAGCCGCUAAUAAACAUUGGGUUUAUGAAGAGUGUGUAGCGGAAUCGCACCCACACACAAAUUAACCAGGGUUGGCUAAUAGACAGACGGACGGACGGACGGAUAGGUUUGGAGUCUGUACUCCCGUCUCUCUUUCAUUGUUCAUUUGGCUGACGUACACUGUGGUGUGUACACACACACACACACACACACAUACACACACACACACACACACACACACACACACACACACACAUACACACUGUGUGUGUGCUCCAGUGUCAUUACCAGGCCGUGCCUCGUACAGUGUGUUAUUUCUGGCUCAGUCUGUCGAAGGAACAUUCGUUCGCUCUCCAUCCGGGGAAAGACCAGUGUUUACAGUUUUCUUCCCGACAACACACAGUAGCUGGGAGCGGCCAUCAGGGUGUUUGUUAAGAGCGAGGGGAGACUCCUCGCCACGGCGUGGUUCCGCCCGGCCUGAUUCAGGCGGUGUGGCCGCUGCCCAGUCAGCCAACGCUAGAACCGACAGACCCUGGGUCAGGCCGGGGCGGGGUCAGGAGAGAAGAGGCCUCUGUUGAAUCAGAUCAAACUGACAGCGUCUCGCCUCAAGAGAUUCUGUGGUCGGACAAGUCUCUUGUCUCACCAUGAAUGCCAUUUCUUUAUAAUUUUCUACUGUAUUGUUAUAAAUGUGCGGUGCAAAUUACUUUUCUUUUUACAGUUUUGGUUUAUACUCGCUGUGCGGUCGUUUUUUUUUUCGUCUUUCAUUUCCAGAUCCAAUAGACUUUCUGUCUUGAGCAAUCAUGUUUAAAGGUUUGAGGUCUUUUUCAUACCCUUUCAUUAAAUAACUUUUUACCGUGCACUUUGUUGUUAUGCAUUAUUCUGUUUAGAUUUAUUAUUUCUCAUUAUAAUUUUGUCUUUUCACCAAAAAUGCAUUCCUUUUUGGGAUAAAUGUUUAGGCGUCUAGUGGCCGUCAUGUUAAAUAAAGUCACAGGGACCGGGAA